AUGCUACAAGCCGGAAGGUNGUCCACGUUGUUCGACGCGACGUUGGAGCAGGAUGUGACGUCGCCGGAAGCGGCAGGUGGUGGAGUGACGGAGCUCUACGCGGCACACCCUGGCGAGCAGGCGGACAACUCUGGUGGUGGGUCCGCGGCGCUGCUGAGGAAGCUGGGUCCUAUCGUGGUGCCCGAUAAUGAGACGGACGGACUGGCGCAUGAUAGCAGCGAGCAGAGCUCCGUGGUGUUUGUGGCUGAUGGCUCGGGGUAUGUACCCAUCAGUCAGAUACGAUCCCGUCCGGGGCCGCACCCGGAUGAUCUGGACUAUCACCACGUGGCACCCAUUGAGGCCUGGGACAGAGACUACAGCCGAUGGAGGUCCAACACAACCCGCGUACAGCAUAUUGAAGCAGAAUGCCAAGACGAUUACAUGAAGAUUCGUAUCGGUUUCAAUGGCUCCUUCACUGGUCUUCUCUACUCUUCAGGCUACUCAUAUGACCCAGACUGUGUCUAUAUCAACGGCACAGGGCGAGAUUAUUAUGAGUUCUUUAUCCAACUGAACAGAUGUGGGACUCUGGGGAGGAACACUCACCAUGAGGACAGUAGGAAGGCACCAACAAAAAACUUCAUGUGGAACACGGUGACAGUGCAGUACAACCCACUCAUCGAGGAGGAGUGGGAUGAACACUUCAAGGUCACGUGUGAAUAUGGUUAUGACUUCUGGAAGACUGUCACAUUUCCCUUCCUGGAUGUGGAGGUAGCUACAGGCAAUCCCGUGGUUUUCACCUUGUCACCUCCUGAGUGUUACAUGGAGAUCAGGCAUGGAUAUGGUACAUCAGGUGCACGGGUUGGGGGACCAGUCCGUGUGGGAGACCCCCUCACCCUGAUCAUCUAUAUGCGCAGCAAAUAUGAUGGUUUUGACAUUGUAGUGAAUGACUGCUUUGCUCACAAUGGGGCCACUAAGAAGAUCCAGCUCAUUGAUCAGUAUGGAUGCCCUGUGGAUGAUAAGUUGAUCAGUCGGUUCCGUGGGUCUUGGAGUGAAAGUGGAGUGUUUGAAACACAGGUGUUUGCAUAUAUGAAAACUUUUCGCUUUACUGGAUCCCCUGCGCUAUAUAUUGAGUGUGAUGUGCGGAUGUGUCAUGGGAGAUGUCCAAGCCAGCCCUGCCACUGGCGAAAUGCCAAGUCCCUGACUAAACGUUCAGUGGCUGCUACAACAUUAGUUCCACCACACCAUGCACUGUCUGAGAAUGUGAGUCUGUUCCAGUCACUGCGCGUUGUGCAAGAUGGUGAAAAUGCUGACACGGGCUUGGCACCUAACAACAGCACAUUAUUUGACCUCAACAGCGUGUGCCUGAAGACUAGUGCAUUUUCUGCACUUCUUGGUCUUGGCUCUGUCCUACUUUGUCUUCUGAGUCUUGGUGUCAUGGUGCUCUUCUGCCGUCUCCGUCGUUUGAAGAUGGCAUCACUGGAGAAGGACGGAAUGUCGACGUCUGACCCACCCUCAAUAUUUGACCACACCGGCUUCAUGACACAUAAAGGACGCAUAAACUGAGGGACAAAGUGUCAUAUAUUUAAAUUUUCAACUCUUUUCUGUCAAUUUGAAAUGUAUGCUCAAUGGUGCACACAAACAGCUUCUGUCAUAAUAUGAACUGUGCAUGUCUGGCUUCAGACUGACAGCACAUUAUGACUUUUGGAUGGACCAAUUAUUGAAUAACAAAGCAACAGACUCCUUUAUUUAAAAUUACAAAUUUGGCCUUUGUCCAUGAUCGUAGUUCAUUAAAAUCAAUGGUUGAUUCUGUUUCCAUCUUCAGGUGAAAAGAAUUUGAAAUACAGCCAUUCUAAACUGUUGUUUAAGAGUACCUCUACUGAGUAGUGCAUCAGAGCAGGUUUCCUUUCAUAAUUGGUCCAUACAGUUCUUAUUUAUUUCUGAUGAGCCAUAUGGCCUGAUCUUCACAUGGCACCAGUCAGACAGAAGACUUCAGACUUACGGUUGGAGAAUGCAGGACCAGAAGAGAAGUGUUAACACAUUCAUGCUGGCUUGGAUUUAUUGUAUAUUUCCUUGUGGGUGUUGCAUUUUAUAGGAAUUUACUCCAUCCAGUAUAUGAAAUGGGAGUCACCAUGUGUGUUGGAAAUAUUCAGCCCUUUUUAACCUUUUAGUUACAAAGUUACUUCUUGUUUCCAGAUUUUUUUCUUCGAUCAAUUUAAAUGUUAUCAGUUUUUUUUUAUAAUUUUGAUGUAGUGAUGUGAGUUUUAUUUCCUGUCCACAAACAUUUCCCUGUAUAAUAUCUAAUGCCUUUCUCUCUCCUGAUAUCUGCCUCAACUAACUAUGUACAAGAAGUCAUGCUAUCAUUGUUAAUUACUCUUUAUAUAACUCCACACUCUGCUCUUCAUAAGUUAAUGAUUGCAUACAUACAGCUUCAUCCCAACUGUCGUCUGUAGACAAUGUCAUCAUGGUGAAACAUCAUACUGGGAAUCAAAGCUGUAACAGUAAGCUGUAGCCAGCUAUAUGACAUAGAGCAUAAAAUUGUAUUUAUUUAUGAUUUGUUGAAAAUACUUCUUCCUGCAGUACACUGGCAUUGGACUUGUGGUUGUCACAGUUGUAGCUAUGAAGCGUACUGUCUUCUAGGACGUAACACCAUGCAGACUGGUAGAGGCCCACCAGUUAUUUUGUAGUAGCAAUCAGAGCUUCCUGUGAAAUAUCAGUGGACUUCUAUUGAAAUACCUGUACAUUGCAUUGCAUCCCAGCGGUAGUAGUUUUCAACUUAAACACGAUAAAUGAAUAUUAGAAAGAAGGUAAAAGUAAAGUUUCUUUUAUACUUAAGUCCUUGCUAUUUAAAUAUAGAAUUUCCUGGUUCAAUAGACCAAGUCUUUCAGUUAAUACUAAACACUCUACUAAACUGUCUGCCCUACAUGCAUUUACAACAUUAUACUGGAUUUGACUUGUCAAAUGCACCAUGGUUUGUUACAACUUCUUUCAAGCCCUGUAUGUUAUGGCAUGAAUGUGUUUUUUGGUUUUGUGUUAUGUGUUGUGAACAUUUGAACCUUGGGGAGUGUCAGUGUUGUGUCUCAGAAGAAUUUGACUCUUGGGUGUUGUUACUUGAAGAAAAGCUUGGAGGACGUUUUUUUCUCCAGCUGGUCUCCAAGUGUUAUUACCGUGUAUAUAAGACUAUUACAGGCUAAGUGGUUUGUGGGUUGAGUGACAUGAAACAGACUGCCCUCAUUACCAUGUACUGGCUGCUCUAAGGAAAUGUUAUGACACAGUGCAACAGAUUCUGUGUCUUUGAGAUAAUUAGUGAAAAAUGAAUUGAAAAGAUAAGGAAAGAAGUGGCCAUAAGUACUGUAAGUAUCAUCUUAGCAAUUGUAUGGAGGAACUGAUAAAAACAAUGAAAAGCUUUAGUUAGGUUGGCCAGAAUUUUAACCUGGGACCUCCCGAAUGCAGAGAAGUGUUACCAAAUCAAUCAAGAUAUUUGGUUGGAUUGGACUCUCAAGUUGGUAUAUCUUUAUAGAUGUUUCUGUAAUAAGGGACCUAUCAAAUAGCUUGGAAAUGUGUCACAUUAUUCUGUAAGCCUGAAAAUUUGAAUUUUCACCAUGCAACAGAUAUCACAAUAUAUGAUUACAGUAACAGUUGAUGACCAUGAUAACAAAAUAUUCACUUUGUUAAAAUGUUAAAAUAUUCAUUUUGUUAUAACUACCUAUUUGGUCAUUUUGGUUUGUUCCUAGAUUGAAAAUAUUUACUAAAAUGAUAAUAUAUAAUAUAUAUAAAUGUACAAUUUAAUUAGAUUAAUUCAUCUUAAUUCAUUAACAUGUUUAAAGCCAACUCCAAGCAUAAAUUAUGUUUUCCACUAGAAGAUGGCCAGAAAAGUCUAAAAUAUACAGUAUUUGUCAGUCAUAUUUUGUGUUUGUAAAUCAUAUUUAUUUAUAAUAUACAUAUUAUAAAUUGUGCAGUAUGUAAAACCAGAAAGGUGUAAAUAUGCGAGAAAUGAGAUGUAUUUGAUUUUACAGGACUCCAGAAAAUCUGAGUAUAUCCAUUUUUUACAGAGGCAUUUUCUCGCAGAAAUUUCUACACCAUAAAGUAUUCAUUAAUGAGUUUCUUUAAUUUUUGCAAAAAAAUACACACAUUUUUGAUCUAAUGAAUAUUACUUGAAAUAUUAUUAAAUAAAUCAAUUUUCACCUUUAGUAAGAUUAUAACCUUCGAUUUUCCUAUUCUGUUCAAAAACAUAGUUUUUAAUUUUGCUAAUAAGCCUCACCAAUACAUAACUAUUACUAAAAGUCCAGUAAUAAAUGUCAUUAAAAUAUAUAAGCAAAAACUUGUAUUCUGAGUUUAGUGUGAAGUCCAGAGUGUAAAACGUAGACCAAAACUGAAUUUCAUUCAGUCGGUUGUAGGGUGGAAAUUGUUGAUACUGAAUAAUGUGAAGAUCUGUUCAGACGAAGUGCAGUUAUGCAUGUUUUUUUACAUCUGAAUAUUAGCAAUUAUUUAUCUCAUUUCUCCAAGCAAAAUUCUAGAAACUAUUCACCUCAUGACAUGCACAACUGCUUGGUGUUAAGGAAAAUUAUGUAUCUACGUCAACUGCAUUUCCAAGUUUCACAGAUGGAUGAGUUUGUUGGUAAAUGGAGCAAUAACAUCUAACAGCUGUUGCAGAAGAGAGAGUUUGUUUGUAUGUCAUAAUAUCAGCUGAUAUUUGUGAACUUUGAUGU